CUGCACAGACGGCAUCGCACACAUGGACGCAUGCCAUGGAACACACCACACGCACGGAGUCCGUCGAUGAACCAAUGCAUUCUGCUGGCUAUAGACAUGACCACCGACACAUUGAUAGAGAGAGUCCUCUGCGAUGGCUUAAAUGCACCCGCCACCCCCAGUGGUCUGAUAGAGACUGUGUGCACACCGACAGCCAAAAACGAGUCGCCGCCUUCCACACACACACAUACAUUAGAUGAAUGGAUGCGCCGGCGGCGAUGGAGCACUCGGCCAUGCGACAUGUCAAUGCAGCGCAGACACCCUCGCUCUCACACACCCACGUGUUUGCCUGCCUGUCUGCCUCCCUCAACAGCCAUCACGUCGGUCGUGAGUUCAUCAUCACCUAGGCGACGGCACUCACCCACUGCCACCCAGCAGACGGCUGAACACACACAGAGAGAGAGAGAGGGGAAGGUGGACGCACCGUUCAUGGUGUGUGUAUGUCUUCCUUCUCUUCCCCUGACCUGCAGUGCGUAGAUCUUCAAAUCGGCGAGUGUGAAGUAGAGGCUGGAGGCCAGCCUGGCUGUGCCCUUGUUGUUGAUGGUCCCGAUGUACUUCUUGGCUGCCGGCAGCUCAUCCUUCAUCACCCACACAUGGCAGCUGCGAAGGUCACCUGCCGGGCGGCAAUUGCCGAUCCCCAGCCACAGGCGGCCAUUGGCGAUGCACACCUUGCCGCGUGGCUUACCGCCGGAGCCCGUCACCGCCCCCUGUGUGCCCGCCACCGCCACACGCUGCUCGUCCUGUGGCAGGUCGAUCUUGGUGAUGCCAUCGCCCUCAAACGCGCCGCACACCGAAAACAGCGACACAGCACAGGGGAUCGUCGCCACUGCAGUGGGGUCAGCUGGCAGGGUGAGUCCGCCCUCGAUGUGGGCGGCGAUGAUGGGGCCACUGGGGUCUUUGAGGAGCAGCAGGAGGUUGGUGGCGUCGCCCACAUUCUUGAACAUGGCCUCAUGCUCCCAGCCGUCACGCUCACCCCUGACAGACACAGACACACCAGGGCAGCAAAGGAGCGAAGGAUAUCAUCCACGAAUCACCAGCAGCCUUCCUGUCAUCGGCGGCUUACUUGUAGAGUAGUUGUGGGGUCGCAUCCACCAUGCCCGUCGCGUCGA